GUAUUUUCUAAUUAAUUCGAAUAGUAUUAUGUAGGAGUAUGAAAUUGAGGUUAUACCUAAAUUGUAUCUUGAAAUAAAAAUACUUUAUUAUUAGACUAUGAAGAGGCUACUUGCUGAAUGAAAAACGGAGCAAAAUGGCCUUACUUGGAGCUCAGCUUGUGAUAACACUGAUAAUGGUAUCAGUGAUACAAAAAUUAGGGAGUUAUUCAUUUGCGAGAUGGUUAUUAUGUUCCCAAGGGUUGUAUCGAUACUUAUACCCAGAUAAUCAUGAAUUAAAAGCUUUAGCAGGGGUGCCAAAAGACAAGGUUAAAGGUAAAAAAGGGGGAAAGAGUGAGCCUAAUGGAAAACUAGAGACAUUUCAUGUACCCAGAAGUUUGGAUAUACAACUUGAGACUGCCCCAGUGACACCGCUGGACGUAGUGCAUUUAAGGUUUUAUACAGAGUAUUUAUGGAUUGUGGACUUUUCUUUAUACACAAGUAUUGUGUAUAUCAUGUCUGAGGUGUACACAUCAAUAUUCCCCCUGAAGGAUGAAUUCAAUUUGAGCAUGGUGUGGUGUUUCCUGGUUGUGAUGUUUUCACUAAAAAUCCUGCUAUCUUUAACAAAGCAGUAUUUCACAAGUGAAGAGUCAAUCGGUGAGCGUUCCACCUGCAUUGUAGCGUUCUGUAUCUUCCUACUUAUCGCCAUGAUUGUUCUGAUCAUAGACGAGUCCAACUUGGAAGUAGGGGUCGACCCUGCCUAUGACAGCUUCUAUGAGAAUGCGUCGAAGUUUUUGGAGAACCAGGGUUUGUCGUCUGUAGGGCCAGCAUCCAAGUUGAUCCUGAAACUGUCGCUCGCGGUGUGGGCCGCAAUCAUCGGCACACUGUUCACCUUCCCCGGCCUGAGAGUGGCGAGAAUGCACUGGGAUUCCUUGAAAUAUUACGGAGACAACAAAGUGAAGGCGCUACUUCUCAACGCGAACUUCGCAAUGCCGUUCGUGCUGGUGUUGCUCUGGAUACGGCCAAUCACACGACACUAUCUCACAGUUAGAGUUUUCAGCGGGAUGGACAAGCCUCUCAUGAGGCCAGAAGCAUUCGACAGCCUGCGCAUAGUGUUGGUGGUGGCGACAGCAGUGCUGAGGCUGGGUCUGAUGCCCAGACAGCUGCAAGCCUACCUCGACAUGGCUCAGCGGCGGCUGGACGUACAGAAAAAGGAGGCCGGACGGAUCACCAACAUUGACCUGCAGAAGAAGGUAGCGUCGGUAUUCUACUACCUGUGCGUUGUGGCAUUGCAGUACAUCUGUCCUAUUGUCAUGUGUCUCUUCCUAACGUUGAUGUACAAGACUCUGGGCGGUUACACUUGGACUGCACUUUUUUACGAGACUACGGAGAUGUGCGCAGCGGAUGCGGCGCCCGCAACCCCGGCGACUGUAGACGGCGUUGAGCAGUAUCAACUGGCGUGGGAGAAUUUGAAAAUGGUGUUCACGACGGAGGUGCGCCGCGGAGUGCUGGGGUUCUCGAGCUGGUGGGCGGGCUGCGCGUGGUUCCUGACGGCCGCGCUGGGGCUCCUCUACCAGACGUACUUCCGCCUCUCCUAGGAGGCAGUCGAGUGGGCCGAUUUACAACAACCGUGUGCCGCUUUAUAUGACCAAUUACAGUACAAAAUGAGAUUGGGACAAAA